CGCGGCAAGUUUAGGUUGGAGGUCAAGGUCUUCGUUGUUCAUGAUUCUCGUAUACAGUUCUUGAAACCAGUUUAGCGUCUUCCGGAUUGGUGUGAAAAAACAGUUGCGAUGCAUCUUGUUUCUUUCGCUGUUUUAGAUGCAUCAUUGAAAUCUACUUAGAUUACUAGGAGUUCCUUAUUACCCUAAAUCUAGCAAACUUCCGGGAGAUUUUGAAACAUGAGUUCACGUAUUCGUGAUCAUAUGAGAUUAUUCUUGUUAACUGUACUCAAUGAAGAUCCCCGACUGUUGUCUUUAUGCACGCUAAAUGAAUUGACGUCUGUAUUUGUACAAGAAAUGAAUAUUGAACUCAGUGAAAAUUGCUACUCAAAGCUUAAACAUUUUGUGUGCUCUUUUUUGUAUAAUUUGAUGAAUGAUGAGGGAGUUGUAACAAAUGGUGUGGAUCCCCAUGCUCAGAAUUAUUGCUUACCAGUUAAAAACUCUUCUUCUACACCCGAAACACGAAGACGUGUGGUCAUGCUUUCUCGUGAUGAAGUAAUGGCAUUGGCGGCUGCUACUGUUACUGAUAAAACAAAUCACGCUGUAUCUAUAUCAAACGAUGGGGAAAGUGUUAGUAAGCGUAUUAAACAAUUACGUCAAACUCCACUAAUUGGAACUAGGUCAACUGUUCGAACAUUUGUGAAUAAACCUAUAAUGAUUAAUGAAGUUAAAAGUCCAACCUCAUCUAAUUUAGAGGUUACUCCUCUGAGAAAUAUUCAACUCAUACAAACACCUAGAGUGAUUGAACCAUCUAAUCAAAAAACAGAAUCUUUUAAAAGUAACUCUACUAACAACAAUAAUAAUUCAACUACAAUGUCUAUCAAUAAACCAAAUUUACCCGCAUUUAUUUCUCAAUCUUCAAUGAAUGAUUGUAAACGUCAUAUAUCUGUUCCGUCGUCUUCAUUUAAUUCUACCACUAAUACUACUACUAUUAAUAAUAGCAUCAAUAAUACUUCAGCUACGAAAACAGGUAUAACAAUAAAGCGACAAUUAAGUGAAGCAGUGAUAUCAAUUCGACCUGCAACUAGUCGUUUGUUAGACAACAAUUAAAAUUAAUGGUUUCGAUACAUAUAACGAUCUCGACGUCUAUGGAUAUAGAGAAGAUCGUAUUCUCAUACUUCUGUUUUGGAAGCAUUCAUUUCGAUUCAAAGAAGAUAAGACGCUUAUUUUUUCGUUCUGCAUUUCUUUUCAUACACAUCUUCAUGUUAUUAUUAGUGUACGCAUACAAAAAAGAUGAUUUUCAGCUUUCUGAUUCUGUUAAACAACAAUCAAAAUGGGUGUCAUAGAUUUAUUUCUCUAAAUUUGUAAAUAAUCAGUAUUUGCCUGUUCACUGUUAUUAUUUAUACCACAGGUUAUUUUUAAAUACUGCAUAAACAGAGUUAAACAAUAGCUCUAUAAUCUUUCAUUUGUUCAUGAAAUUCAUGUAAAUGGUACUGUAUUCAAUAGAGAUUUAUUAUUCACUAUGUAUAAAUAUAAAUACAAAUAUAUAUUUCCGUA